CUCGAACACACACACACACACACACACACACACACACACCCAGGCGAGGAGACGGGGCUGAUGGUUAUCUCUGAACUUUGACAGGGAACAUAAACACAGAGGGAGGCACAAAGUGAGGCCGUCAGCACAGUGUCGAUACAAAUAGCAGGUUAUAGUUAUUGUUCUGAAUAUUCUGACGGAAGGGCUGCGAUGUUCGGCAUCGUGAUUCUCCUCAUGUGCGUCCUGGGAGGACGAGCACUGGACCUGCUGAGAGCAACUGACACACCAAGGAAUCAUACUUCGCCAGAUCCGCCCCCCGCUCCCAGGGUGCACUGCUGGUGUGCGAGCUAUCCAAAUGUGACUCUCUGCUCGUGGGCCGAACCUUCCCCCUCCCCACCGGUACACUACGUUGCCACCUACAGUGAGAGACACGGGCAGCCAGACACCAAGAGGUGCCACCUCAUCCCUCCCAGCUCUUCAUCCUCUGUGUCGUCGUCGUCGUCAUCAUCCUCCUCAUCCCCAUCGGCGCAGCUCUGGCAAUGCCAACUGUCCGACCUGAAGCUCCUCACCGACUACAUCAUCAACGUCACGGCUGUCCAUUCUGGCGGAAGCAGCUCCUACCUGUCAAGUUUCAUGUUGGAGGAUAUCGUGAGACCAGAUCCCCCCGCGGACGUCCGGGUUUCCCCUCACAACGGCAGAGACCUGCUGGUGGAAUGGUCUCCUCCCUCCACCUGGAACGACCUGGAUAUCUUCCCCCUGAAAUACCAGAUAAUGUACCAGUGGGAAAUCAGGGGCAUCCCGAAAUCUGUCAACCUGGGUCCGUUCGAGAGCUCCAAGGUGGAGCUGAAGGGGCUGAGCCCGGGGAGGACGUACCUGUUCCGGGUGUGCGCCAGGGAGCUGCUGGGUCUGGGCAAGUUCAGCAGCUGGAGUUCACCCGUAAAUAUCACCAUACCAAGGACCAAGCCGUAGACUCUCUCUCCCUCUCUCACGCACGCCGUUUUAUUUACCUCUCCGUCCUUCAGAGCUACCAGUGAGCUGAAACUGAAGGACCCGCCGCAGGGUUUGCAUCACCAACGUUUGGACUGCACGUACAGUGCAAGCAAAGGUCGUUGAUCUUCUGUUUUUAUUUAUAAAGUAACGGGUUUGAUUUCAUUGCCUCAGUGUUUGUUGUAAUGCUGUCGGUUUGUUGUUAGUCGUCAUUUGUCUCCGAGGAGACUGCGCCACAGUGUGCAGAAUUAAAUUAAAACGAGGCUGUCGUGAUCCAACAGUAUCAAAAACAUUUGAAAAACUUUAUUUUUUUGGGACCUUUUGUGACCUUUUGGGGAUUUGUAUUUCAGAUGAAUAGACUUGCUAGAACUUGGUUUUCAGGUGUUUGCGCCUUGAGUUUAGUAUUAGUAUUACCUUGAAGUGUCUUUGUUCAUGUGUGUCUCUUUUCAUUUACUUCCUGUCUUUGGCAUUUUUGCCCUGCUGCGUUUCACCUGUAUUCAAUUGUCCCUGCCUCCCUUGAGGAUUUAGUCUCUGUGCCUCUUGUCUCGGUUCUCCUCAGGACUGUUUGGUUCCAUUCCCUGAAGUGUAUCUGUUCGAGUUUUAUCAGUGUUUUCGCUACCUGCCUUUUUAAGUCUGGAUUCCUCCGUUUCUAUGUUCCUGUUGGUUUUUUUCCUUUCAAAGCCUGUGAACCUGAUUCUUUCGAUUAAAUAUUCUCUGCUCAGCA